AUGUCUUCUCUUCUCGCGAAUUACUUGUUUGGGGUCAAGGGGUACGUGGCAGUUGUGACAGGAGGCAGCAGUGGCCUCGGUUUUAUGAUUGCCAAGGGUCUUGUGACAAACGGGGCCAAGGUGUACCUCGUUGAUUUACCAAGUGAGCAGAUUGACAAGAGGGUGACAGAGCUCAACGAACUUGGAAAGGAAGUUGGAGGAUCUGCAUAUGCAAUCCCCUGCGAUGUUUCUGACAAGCAAGCCAUCCAAGAUCUUGCUGCUCAGGUCAGCCAGCGAGAGAGUCACGUUGAUAUGCUCAUUUCCAACGCAGGCAUAAGACGAGACCCACCCAUCCAAUGCAAUGUGUCAGAGGCAUCUUUGUCCGAGCUGCAGGCUUCUAUGUGGUCCUCGCGACACUCGGACUGGGCUGACACAUUCUGUGUCAACACCACUGCCCACUACUUCCUUUCCGUGGCUUUUCUCCCGUUGCUAGAGGCUGCCUCGCGUCUUGAACUACCCAAUGGUCGGCUUGGUCGAAGUGAUGGUCGUGGAGUGGUGGUUAUAACUAGUUCAUGCGCAAGCAUGCACAACGUAACAAACGUGGACCUAACGAGUUAUGCCACGAGUAAAGCCGCGACUGAUCACCUAGUUAAGCUGCUGGCAGCCAAAUUCAGUCGCUUCUAUGUGCGAGUGGCGGGAAUCAACCCAGGCUUUGUUCCUAGCAACAUGAACCCUGUUGGGGAGAAAGGGAAUGUCUUCAGCGCCCUCUUUGACAAAGUUCCUGCUAAAAGAGCUGGAAUCGAGGACGAUAUUGCUGGCACUAUUCUGUACCUCGUCAGCCGUGCGGGAGCGUAUGUGGACGGAAUAUCGCUUUGCGUUGAUGGAGGCCGUAUCCUGCUUGCUAAUGGCCAAUAA